GUCGAUAUCACGACUCGCGCUCAGGCCGGUGUUGGCGUUCUGGUAGAUCCCAACCUCGCCGAUAGAAUUAUCAAUGGGAAGACUGUCAGCGGAAGGGUGGUAAUCCUCCGACUGAAGCUACAACACGCUAAAGUGUUGACCAUGGUACAGGUCUAUGCGCCCAUUUUGAAGGCACAAUAUGAUACCUUCCUUAAGGAAGCGCAGUGA